ACUUUUUAGUAUAAGAAAUCUGUCAGCUACUUUCUUUCUUUCUUUAUCAGAAUCAACAUCAAAGAUCUCAUAUACAUCCAUCUCUCUACAAAGGUAGCUCGGCUGUCGUUACGCUCGUUAAUACAAGCAAAAUACCCUUUGACCCCUCUACCAUUUAUCGCCUCUAUACCCAGCUCCCAAACCACGAAGUCGGAUAGUGGAGAUGCCUUCAAACGUUUUCCAACAACUACAUACCCGCCCGCUACAAUCCUUCAAGAUCGUUGAAGAUCUGACCACGGCGCUGCACCGAGAGAUUCUACGAAUAUACGGGAACUGCAUGAUCAUGUGGGGCGACACAAUAUGCGAGGACGAAGCCAUAGCUUUAAGCAUGACAGAAAUAGACGAUGCCGUCACGGAGUACGAGACAAAUGUAUCAUACCAUGCGUGCGGACAACGAAGAAUCAAGAUUUGGGCUGGUACUGGCGACAGAGUCAAGCAGGCUGCGCUGUGGAGCAAAGUCAAGGACAAGGCACCGCACCCAAGACACCCUCGCGCACAAUACGGGAGUGUCAUGGCUCAAUUUCAUGAGAAGGUGCUUUGGUGCGACAAGUGUUCUGUCGCAGAAUUGAGGACUGGCGACGUUCUGUUCAAUGCAGUGGCGUCACCUGGUUCUUUGGCAGGAGAGCUCGGUGCAUUGAAUCUCAAUGAAGAUGAUAGAAAGCGAGUCGAGAGCUGGCGCAGAGGAGAGAGCUUGGGGAAGUUAAAGCCAUUAUGUCCCCACCUUCAGCCACCCCUCCAUUCGGCAAAGGAGAAUUAUAGAAGCAGCACCAGGACAACUGUGGGGAGCAAUGAGCUUACACAAGGUUUGGAAUCGGUCGGUCGAUACUAUAUUGAUGGUGGAGUGCUGCUGCGCAACGAACAUGGUUGUUAUCAGGAUUUGGAUGGGAUUUGUUGUUGUCCGUGUCCGCGUGUGGUACAUUUGUAAGCGUGGAAACUGAAGCUCAAACACUAGAAGGUAUUGGGUUGUCAUCAUCUGAUG